AUUUCUCAAUUCUAGUACUUGGUAUCCGACUUGAAAACAAUGAAAACUUGAAAAUUUAAAACAAACUAGAUUUUGACCUGCCCUUAUAUUUUUUGUUUUAUAAUAUUUUUUAAAAAUUUAAUUUUCAUAUUUUUGCUAAUAAUAUUGAAUUUGUGGUACUUUUUUAAUUAUUAAAGUUGUGAUGUUGUACUUUGACCAAAAAAUAAAAUAAAAAGUUGUGAUGUUGUAUAACUAUACACAUGUGUCAUAGUCAUUAUGUGUAAUUUUGUAUUGAUGAAAUAUAAUAGCGCACUACACCAUUCACGUAACCGUUUAAAACAACAUAACAUGAAAAAAUAUAAUGUGGUUACCGUCUAGGAAAAUAGAAAUUCUAUGUAUAAUAAAUCACAAGUCACCUAGCCAAUCAUAUUAUGACACAUAAUUUCUAUUUAGUAUUUAAAAAAAUUACAAAAAAAAGAGAACAAAGAUAAAAACAGAAAACGACAAAAGUAAACACGUUCUUAUAUCUUAACAACCAAUUACGUGUUAAUUUUUUUAUAUACUUAAAAUAUUUACUAAAAUCCAAAUGUUUGCUUAGCCCAUCUCACUCCCAACUGUUUUACUCCCACGCCUCCACUAUCCCCAGUCACCAGCAAUCUCUAGAAAAGAAGUUUCAUUCUUUCAUUUAUAUUUGUGCAUUGUUUUCUGUCUACCUAUUGAUUCAUAAGCAAGAAAAAAGCAGAAAAAAUUACUCUUUAACAUACUUUCACGGACCUUUUUAACAUAUUGGCGUACUUUCAUCAUGAGGUAUACUUUUGAGUAAUGAAAUGACAUCAAUACCCCACUUUUCAACUAGAUCUAAAACUAACUAAAAAUUCCCUAAUCGUAUACACAGCAGUUUAGUUAUGUCCAAACCCUAAAUCGGCGAUUAGAUUCAUACGAUUUCACCUGCUCUUACGUUCUCAAUCCCAAAAGGAAAAAAAUAGUAUUAUCAACUCCGGUUGGAACACCACUCUUCUCCGACUCCGUUCUCGAUUUCCAAUUUUUUAGAGAAGUCGUCACCUUGCUUUGAUUGAAAACGAUGAAAGGAUUCUACUUUCUGCAACGUUUCAAUCCUUUUCUGAUGUUGUGAACACUUAAUCUAACCUUUUCUUUUUCCUCUCAUCAUUUCUGCUAACCUAGCUACCGGCAACGAUAACGACCAGAUUGUAAAAUUCCCGAACGUGUCUUUGCCAUAGAUAGAUUCCCGAAAAGACGAUUGAACAUCUACUCAAAACUGGAUUUUUGUGGUAAAAAAACGGCCGAUGCCCACAAUCACUCCACUCCCUCCUAUCCCUGAUCAUGACCACAAAACCUCCACCGGAAGCCUGCUGAUCCCUGACCCUAACAAUCUCCCCAUCAAUCCUUCCACUAGUGACCUACUUAAUGUUGACCACAUGCUCACACGGCCACCAACCACGUCUGACCACAACCACUGUCACCUCUGAAGACACCACAACUAAAUAUGUCCACACCUCACCUAAACACAUCUCUGUUUCUGCUGCCACUGACCAUGCCUUACCUGACCACACUUUCGCUCCACAAAAGACUAUCUGACCACAAAAGAGACUGAGCAUUUAAUGAACGUCGACAUCCUUACCUUUUUCAUGCUACUUGUACUAUGUUAAUCACCAGCCAUCAGAUCUAUCUUAAAAUAAAACAAUCUAAUGGUCCAGCUUUAAGCCCAUAACACCAUAAACCUGUCUGCGUUAAUGCCAAAAUAGCUUUAUGUAACAAGUCUUUAAAAAUGGACGAGACUAGUGUGCUUUCAAUCUCAAACAGGUUUAGCAAACCAAGGGUAAUUUGGUCCAACAAAGUCAUAAAAACAAGCCCAAAGUACACUUCAAGCAAGAAGUAUGUGAACUAGAAAAGACACAAGCCCAAAGUAUGUCAUUGCGUGAAUUUCUCAAAAAAGCACAUCUUCUAUAUACUCAUAUCCACAAUACCGAUGUUGGCAUGCAACGUUUCUCUCCAAGGAAAAUUUGUAUUUGGUAAUUCAUAUCAUAUCCUCUUAAAUUUUUUCUUGCUCAAUCUCUCUGGAUCUCACUCUUUUCUCUACUUCCACUACGACCUCUGUAUAUCAAGACUUUUUCGCUCACAUCACAUGCAAAGUUUCUCUUCGAAGAACCUAGGAUUGUAUCUCCUUUUUUUCCAAAUAUAAAACUCUGAGAAAUGAAAGAAAAAAUAGAAGACAUCAAGGUCAUAGCCAGUUUUUGCUUGCAUUAAUUUCUUUUAUUAUUUUAAUGUUCUCUUUUUAUCAAAACUAUACAUUGUUUUUUUGGGGUCAAAAACUAUACACUGUUUUAGUCAUAUUUUCUGGAGAUAGAUAAAACGAAUACUGAAGUUGGAAGUUCUGCAUGAAACAAAGCAGUUAGAUUUUUUUUAUGUUUGUGUUUUUCUAUAGUUUACGUGUUAGUGAUUGAAUGCAGUACUAAUUUUUGUGGAAAAAUGGAAGAUAUCAAGGUUUUCUGUAAGUGUACACUUCUGCAUCCAACAAAAACAUAACCGGAGAGGGAAAAAUGACAAAAGUAAAACUCAGCUUUGACAAGAAGUAAGAAAUUUCGCACGGGGUGGUAUACUAGUAUUAUAAUAAUCUAUUGACACAUUCACGUAACCGUUAAAACAACGUAACAUAGAGAUAGAACAUAUUAUUAUAACCGUUGUUAUCUCAUGCACUAAAUCAUUUGCGUAACCGUUUUUGUUAAAGGAGAAAUAGAAGGUGGUUAGUAUUUAAAUAUAGUUGCACACAACUUUUAUCAAUCGGACAUGUUAAAACAGAUACGGGAAGAGUAACGUGUAUAACACCAGUACGAGUAAUUCUCCGCCGCCCUAGGGCCCCUGGUUAAUACAAAGUUCUAGUCUCGUCGUAUAAAAAGAUAAAAGAGUCUUAUUCAUUUGUGUCAAACUUUCCCUAAAUAGUAAAUAUCUAAAGUCUCGUAUCCAUUCAUUUGCCGCUCUCUAACGCCGACGAGCCACCGCGAAAACAUCAACCACUCAAUGUCGUCGCCGCCGUUGUUUUCCUCACUUCCCAGCGACAUCGUCUUGGAAAUUUUAGCUCGCGUCCCGAAACGCUUUCACCCGACCGUCUCUUGCGUCUCCAAGAACUUCCGCCGUCUUCUUCGUUCGCCGGAGAUACACAAGAUUCGCUCUCUCCUCCGCAAAGACUCACUCUUCAUCUGCUUCGUCGGGAAAACGGGUGCGCAAUGGUUCACUCUCCGAAGAGCCGAGAAUAACAACCCGACGACAGAGAAGAAUCGCUUCGUCUCCAUCGACCUCGCGUUUCCUUCUCAGACCGAGCAAGAACCCUGCGUCGUCGCCAUAGGCCCGGAGAUAUUCUUUAUCUGUGGAUCAUUCAAUCCUUCGUCAGCCAUGUGGAUUCUUGAUUCAAGAACCGGGACGUUUCGCCAAGGACCUAGCUCGAGAGCUGAUAGGUUAUGCAGAAGCGUGGGUGUAGUCGGGAGCAAGGUGUACGUGAUCGGGAUCUAUAGAGACGCCGACGAGAUGCACGUGGAGUCAUUUGACGUGAAGACGCAGACAUGGGAACUAGCGCCGGUUCCUGAGGAUCAAGGCUGGUGGUGGAGUUCGGCCCCAACUGUGUCGUUGAACAGGAAAGUUUGUGCGUUACGUGUUUCUGGCAAUGCUAGGUGCUACGAUCCUAGAGACGGGUCUUGGGAGAGUUUAGGUUUGGCUACUAAGGAUAAAUGGUUGUGGAGAACGGGUGCUUGUGUGAUGAACAAUGUGCUCUACGUUUAUUACGCUAGGUUCGGGCUGAUGUGGUAUGACUCCGAGAUGAGGCUAUGGAGAGUGGUUGGUGGUUUGAGUCAUCUCAAAAAGGUUCGGUCUGUUGCGAUGGCGGAGUAUUACGGGAAUUUGACGUUCUUGUGGGAAGAUGAUGGGGUUGGUGUGAGUGGUGAAAUGAAAGAGGUUUGGUGUAGAAUGAUUGCUUUGGAGAGGAAAGAAGAAGGAGUUGAUGGGAUGGCUGAAGCGUCUCAACUUCUGGGGAGUGUCCUUCGUGGCUAUAGGUUUCAUCAUUGUCUCUCUGUUUCAGAUUAAAGAGGAUAAAGUUUCCCUCGUUGCUAUAGAUAGAAUGUCCUUAUGAACUACUUUGUCAAGAUA